CAUCGUUGUUUGCCAACUACUUAAAACCUUCGAACUACCACGAAAGACUUGUAGCAUUAUUAGCUUGUUGUUUUUUUUUUAAAAUGAGGUAAUUAUGUGAGUCUCUGUAAUAAUUUAGUCACUGAGAGAGUUGAUCAGCAAGCGACUAUCUCCUGCUGCUGCUGCUGCUUGAGGAAUAUGCAGACCGAACAAGGACGUGAUCGGUCGUCAGCGCUGCUGGCUGGAUGUGAGCUGGAAACCACAAACCUGCUCAGAAUGGCCUGCCCAGAACCCCCACAGCAACAUGGCUGGGUAACAGAGGAGAGUCCGACUGACCAGCAGCUCUGUAACCGGGGCACAGCCUCCAGUUUGGACCACGAAGAACCAGAACCUUUACUGAUUAAAGUGGAGCAGGAUGAGGCAGAUCCGUUACAGUUUCUAGAACAAGAGGAGUUCUGCAGCAGUCAGGAUGAAGAGCAGUUUGUGCUGAAGCAGGAGGCUGUUAUCUCCCUCGUGACUCCUACUGAUGAGGAAAGAAACCACAUCGAACCAGAACCAAACAGAAACCAGCUCCUUUUCUCAAUGUUUCCUGGGGCUGAGAUCCGACAACAGAAAGCAAGCAGAAAUGAAAAGGUGGAGCAAAGUCAGGGAAGUCCACAAACCAGAGAUCACAGAGAAGAUGUAGACCUUUCAGAACUACAGAGGCGCAGAAAAACUCACUCAGCCUGUCCAGAACCCCCACAGCAUCACGUGAGGGUAAAUGAGGAGGAUGUGACUGACCAGCAGCGCUGUAAUCAGGAGACAACCUCCAAUUUGGACCAGGAGGAACCAGAACAUCCACUGAUCAAAGAGGAACCGGAGGAACACUGCAUCAGUCAGCAUGAAGAGUUGUCCAUUCUGAAGCAGGAAAAGUCUACCUUCAUGGGGACUUUUUCUGAAGAAUCAGACUGCUGGGAACCAGAACCAAACAGGAACCAACCCUUGUGUCAGGGUUCUACUGAAGCCGAGAACCAAGCUCAGGAUGGAUGCAGCAAUGAAAACUCAAAAUCAAACGGCGAUGAAGAACUAAAACAAAAUAAAAGAUGUAAAAAAAACAAAGAUCAGAGAGGUGAGAGGUCAUUUUCAUGUGAAAUCUGUGGAAAAUGCUUCUCUUUGGCUAGUAAAUUGGCUGUUCACAUGAGAAGUCACACAGGUGAAAAGCCCUAUCCAUGUGAAACGUGUGGUAAAUGUUUCUCUCAGAGUGGUCACUUGGGUAUUCACAUGAGAACUCACACAGGUGAAAAGCCAUAUUCAUGUGAAACGUGUGGUAGAUGUUUCUCUCGGAGUAGUGAGUUAACAUUUCACAUAAGAACUCACACGGGUGAGAAACCGUAUCCAUGUGAGGUUUGUGGUAAAUGUUUCUCCCAGAGUAGUAAACUGACAGAUCACAUGAGAACUCACACAGGUGAGAAGCCCUACCCAUGUGAUUUUUGUGGUAAAUGUUUCUCUCGAAGUGGUCAAUUGACUGUUCACCUGAGAACUCACACAGGUGAGAAGCCAUAUCCAUGUGAAACGUGCGGCAGGUGUUUUGCUCAGAGAGGUUCCUUGACCAAACACAUGACGACUCACAAAGACGAGAAGUCUUUUCUAUGUUUGAUCUGUGGAAAGAGAUUCAGCCAGUUAUCAUCUUUUACUUCGCACAUGAAGCUUCACAUUUAAGAAUUUAUUCAUGAAAUGUUUUGGUAGAUUGGUGCUGCGUCUGCAGAGAUGCGGGCGUUGUACCGGUCUGUUGUGGUGAAAACAGCUGAGCCGGAAGGCAAAGCUCUCAAUUUACCGGCUGAUCUACAAUCCUACCCUCACCUAUGGUCACGAGCUUUGGGCAGUGACCGAAAGAACGAGAUCACAGAUACAAGCGGCCAAAAUGAGCUUUCUCCACAGGGUGGCUGGGCCCUCCCUUACAGAUAGGGUGAGAAGCUCGAUCAUGCGGGUGGGGCUUGGAAUAGACCCGCUCCUCCUCCACGUCAAGAGGAGCCAGUUGAGGUGGCUCAGGCAUCUGAUUAGGAUGCCUUCCUGAUGAGGUUUUCUGGGCACGUCCAAUCAUAAGAACCCAGGACACGUUAGAGGGACUGCGUCCCUCAGCUGGCCAGGGAACGCCUUGGGAUUCCCCCAGAGGAGCUGGCCCAAGUAGCUGGGGAACGUCUGGGCCUCCCUGCGUAGGCAACUCAACACAUGAGAGUUCACACAGCUAAGAAGAUGUAAACAUUCUCAGACAAUGGGAAGGAAUGAAACUCAGUUGAAAAUAUUUUGUAAUUCAUCAUCAUAAAACUGUCCCGGAACAGUUAAGUCUGAAAAAGACAAAAACAAAUUUGCUGCUGUUUGUCGUAAAGUCAGUCAUCCACCCAGGUUGGGUUGCAGGAGUAGCAGCCUUAGCAGAGAGGCCCAGACUUUCCUCUCCCCAGCCACUUGGGCCAGCUCUUCUGGGGGAAUCCUAAGGUGUUCCCAGGCCAGGUGAGAAACAUAGUCCCUCUAGCAUUCCCUGGGUUUUCCUUUAAGUCUCCUCCUGGUUGGACAUGUCCAAAACACUUCACAAUAAAUCUGUGUAGGAGGCAUCUGAACCAGAUUCCCAAUUCACAUGAAUUGGCUCCAUUCAAUGUGGCGGAACAGCAGAUCUACUUUUGGCCCUCUCCUGAAUGACUGAGCUUCUCAUCCUAUCUCUAAUGGGCCAUUCCCAUCUGUACUGGGUCGGCCCGGGCCGGGUAGCGUAGGUUGUUUACAUAUCUGGGUGGCCUGGUAUUUUUCCGGGCCAACCAAGGCUCAUUCUCAGCCCUCUUCUCGAGGGGGUCCGCUUCAGGCCGACCAGGGCCAACACACCCACUGCUGACAGCAAAUUCACACCUUCCAUUAGAGCAAGCCUCUGAUUGGUGGGUAGAAUCAGCCCACAUAGGCUUAAGGCAAGGAUGUGUGGAGUCAACCGGGCCAGCCCGGGCCGACCCGGUACAGAUGGGAAUGGCCCGUUAGAGAGAGCCCAGCCACCCUCCGGAGAAAACUCUGUUUGGCAGCUUGUAUCAGCAAUCUGGUUCUUCUGGUCGCUACCCCAAAGCUUAGGACCACAAAUGGGUGUUAGAAUGUAGACUGAGCACAUCCUGUUGCUUAACCUAGACCUGAUCAACUGCAGCAACCCCAGAUCAUAGCACUGCCCCCACAGGCUUGUACAGUAGGCACUAAGCCUGAUGGGUGCAUCACAUCAUCUGCUUCUUUUCUUACCCUGAUGCACCAUCACUCUGGAACAGGGUCCAUCUGGACUCAUCAGACCAGUUUUUAAUAAAGUGUUGGACAGUUCUUAA